AUGAGGUCUCUCCCCCGAGGAACCCUGAACGCGAUCAAAAGGGGGUUGGUCGUCCUCCUCACCUUUUUGGUGAUCAACUUUUAUUGGAGGGACCAUCAUCCUUCAGGGUCUUCGUCUUCGUCGGUAUCAGGGUUCGAAUCCAGCCUGAAUGGACAGGAUGCGGAAGGACACGGAGGCCUCCCCUACCCUCUCCCCCGAACCCGUCUACUCAGGAACUCCAUCCCCCUAACUCAAAUUCUCAAUCAUGCCCCAGGGUAUACAGUCUUCCGGGACCUGUACUUCCACAAGGGGAUCUACCUCAUCCUCACCGAUUCCCCGCACGAGAUCCCUAAAAAUCUCGACCAUAUCGCUUUCAUAGAAAACCGACCGGUAGAGGUCCCGAAGCCUGUGGAGAUGCUCGAGGUUAGGAGGGAGCCGAUUAUAGGGAAUUUCCCUAAGGGGAUGAUCCAUGAUGCUUUUAUUACCCCGGAGGAGGCGGUCAAAAGGUUCGAUGUGGGCAAGGUUCAGGUAGUUAAGGGUAUCUCAUUCGUGAAUAAUGACAAGAAAUUCGUCAAUCACUUCUACCACUGGAUCGGCGAAGCAUUCACCGGAGCCUGGAGAGUCUACACGAACCUCUUCACUAAAAACUCUAUACCGCUCCAAGCGAUCCCGGAUCCGGAUAGGUUCAUCUUCAUGCACGUGGACGAUCAUAUGUUCGAUUAUGAGGAUCUGAGUACGUGGGAAGGGGGGUGGAGGGAUAGACAGGGGUUGAAUUUGUGGUAUACGAAGAAGCUUUUCCCCAAUGCCGUCAUCGAGACCCUGGAAGACUGGGAGGACCGCAUGAACAGCGAUACCAUUUAUCGGUUCGAGACCGUCAUCCUGGCCGACCGGUUCGGUGGCCACGCAGGUCCUACCUCGUCCUACAAGCCGUGGGGGGACGCUUUCCGACUAGACGUCCCCAAGAACUGGUUUCAACCGCUAAGGGAACGUCUGUUGGCGGAUUAUAAAGGCCCGAUCCCGGUUGAGCGGACGAAGGAAGGAGCACCGAAGACAAAGUUGCCGGUGAUCACUUAUAUCACUCGGCAGACGACGACGAGGAGGUUGACAGAUGAAAGUCAUGAUGAUCUGAUGAAAGAGCUGGAUCGGAUCAGGAAGGAAAAGCUGGCCGAGGUCAAUGUGGAGGAGUUUGAAGAGCGGUCGGUGGAAGACCAGAUUGCGAUCAUGGGCAGGACUUCGAUCCUGAUCAGCGUGCAUGGGAACGGUCUGACCAACGCCCUCUGGAUGAACCCGGGACCGCACAGUGGGGUGUUCGAGUUCCAGCCCAACUGGUGUCGAUUUAACGAUUUUGGGCCUCUGGCGGAAGGGAACGGAAUCCCCCAUUGGAUCGUCAACGCAGACACGAUGUGCGCGCCAGCCGAAUGCGGGAUCCGAGGCUGCAUAGAUCCCGAAAACCCUGUGGUCAACAGCGACCACAUCGAGAUCGACGCCAGCUUUGUCGCCAAGCAAGUCAGGUCGAUAUUGGCAACCGGGAAACCAGACUAUGUCCCGGCGAGGGCCAACCCUUUGUACCCAGAGGAGGAACCUGGCAUGUGGCCAGGGACGCCGGGGUGGAAAGGAGGGCGAUGA